AUGAUGAACAAUUGUUGUUUAUCUUGUGGUAAGACGUUGCUUGCGCCUUUUAAUUACAACCCUGUUAAUUUUAAUUUUCGUGUUCACGAUAAUUCAAAAGUUGGCUCGUUGUUGAAUCAAAAGAAAUUAUAUCUAGUCCUUGAUUUAGAUCAUACAUUGCUUAAUUCAACUCGAUUAGAUAAACUAGAUUUGGAUGAGGAAUACUUGAAAACUAGGACGACUCAAAAUUCUCCGAAUAAUGACUUGUUUAUACUAGAUAAAUUAGGGGUCAUGACGAAGUUGAGGCCGUUUGUUCAUAAGUUUUUGCAAGAAGCGAAUAAGAUGUUUGAGAUGUAUAUAUACACGAUGGGGGAUCGCGCUUAUGCCUUAGAGAUGGCAAAGCUUCUUGAUCCUGAAAAUCAAUACUUUCAAACAAGAAUAAUAUCGCGAGAUGACUGCCCUAACCAAGAUCGAAAAGGACUAAAUGUUUUACAAGUACCAGAGAAAUUAGGCUUAGUUCUUGAUGAUACAGAAGCUAUUUGGCAGAGCAACAAAGAUAAUCUGAUAGUAAUGGACAGAUAUUUUUACUUUUCAUCGGGUUUUCGUGAAUUGGGUUACAAAAAUUGCAAGUCUCUUGCUCAAUUGAAGAGAGAUGAGGAUGAGUUUGAUGGAGCACUUGCAACCAUACUGCGCGUUCUUACCAGGAUACACCAUGACUUUUUCUACAUUAAUCCUCAAUAUGUCUCUGUUAGAGAUGCUAGGCAAGUGCUUAAAACAAAUAAAAGACAGGUUCUCAGAGAUUGUAAGAUAGUAUUUAGUGCAGUUUUUCCUAGGAAUUUCGUUGCUGCUAAUCAUCGUUUGUGGAAGAUCGCAGAAGAGUUAGGAGCUACAUGCUCGACUGAGCUUGACUCCAGUGUCACCCAUGUUGUUUCAACAGACGGUGGCACUGAGAAGUCUCUUUGGGCUGUCCGAGGGAGUAAGUUUCUGGUGAACCCCAAGUGGAUUGAAGCAGCAUUGUUUUUGUGGCGAAGACAACUAGAAGAUAAGUUUCCGGUAGCAAAGUGUCCUAAGCGAGUAUGAAUUAGUUUGCUCUUGGUAAAGGUAUAUAAGUACAGCGCGCCUAGGAUGGUCUAAAACAACACCACAACUUUGAGUUCACGACGAAA